AUGGCCACAUCAAUCAAUGAAACUACAAACAAUGGUCGUCGUCCUGAACUACUCAAUAAGAUUGACAUUGAAGUGAACAUCAACGAUGCUAUUUUAUUAGCAACGGAAGAUGGUUUAAUCACUGCCCUUGAUGACAGAACAUUACGUAUUUGGAUACGACGACAAACUGGUAAAUAUUGGCCAUCGGUUUGCUACACAUUAGAAAGUGCACCGACAACACUUUUUUACCAUGAAUCAUCGUGUCGUCUCUUCUGUGGUUGUGAUACGGGUCUUCUUCAUGAAUUUCUCGUAUCGGAAGAUUUAAACAAAAUCACGCUUCAAUGUACUUAUCUGGGUCAUCAAAGUCGCAUACAUGCAUUGCAUUUCUCUCCGCAAAAGGAACUUUUAUUAAGCGUUUGUCGAGAAAAGAAAUUGAAUUGGUAUUCAACGAAUCCCAAUGAUGAAAAUCAUCAACAUCCACGUGGAAACUAUGCUUUACCAUCAUGGGCUAUGUCCAUAGCUUUGGAUGAAUUAUCUCAACAGUGUUUUAUCGGUGAUGCAACCGGAAAUAUACACUUUCUUAAAAUCAACGCCGAUAACAAAUGUCAACUGAUUACGACGUUAUCUGGCCAUACAGGUGGUGUUCAAACACUUUUCUGGGAUCCGGAAGCUGAGUGGUUAUUUUCGGGUAGUUUCGAUGGAUCAGUUGUCUGUUGGAAUAUCGGCGCACAUCAAGGUAUUGCUCUCGAACUGAAUGGCCAUUCGGAUCGUCUGAUCGGGAUAACAUUUGACAAAUCACGUAAACUUUUAAUAACAUGUUCAGCAGAUGGUCAUAUUGGUACAUGGCCAAUGAAUGUGAAACGUUGCGAAACACCGAAAUGGCUUGAGAGCGAUAAUUGUCAGAUAUGUCAUCUGCCGUUCUUCUGGAAUGUUCGUGCAAUGUGGUCACAAAAACAGAUCGGAUUACGACAACAUCAUUGCCGAAAAUGUGGUCGCGCUAUUUGUGAUACGUGUUCACAAACAAGAAAAGCACUUCCACUCAUAGGUUAUGAAACUAUUCAACGCAUUUGCAAUGAUUGCGUCAAAGCAUUGAAAGAUAAUGAGACAACUCCACUGGCUUCCUUCUAUGACAUACGUCAAGGAACGAUUAAAAUGGAUUAUAGUCCAACGAAAAAGAUUCUGAUGACAGUAGGAACUGAUCGAACAAUCAAAAUAUGGAAUAUCUCAACAAUCUUAUAA